AAAUUGAACCAUGUUGUUCUUUAAAAACAUUAUAUUUAUCAAUUUCAAAAUUUUGUUGAUGUAAGCGGGAACAUCAUGGCCGACGCCGGCGAUGACAAAUGUGAUGCUGAAGCAGAAUUGCUACAGCGUCAUAAGAAGGAACGAAAAGAUCUACAAUCUGAGAUCCAAAAGUUAAAGCACAGUGUUUCAAAGGACAACAAAAAGAAAAAGAAGGAGAUAACUGAUAAGAUUGCUUUACUGGAGGCUGAGCUAGAUUGCAGACAUGAGAAAGAACUGGCAGACCUCAAGCUACACACAACAGGAGCUCCUCAGAAACUAGCAGGAACAGUAGAUGAAGUUGUCGACAAAGUUGGUGUACUUGGUGUUGGUGACAAUGAAGAAAGCGAUUUGGGACAGCAAGCUCAGAAAAAGGCGAGCAAAGCUCAGAAACAAAGGGCCAAGAAGGCAGCCGAGGACCAGGAGAGGGAAGAUAGAAUAAGGGAGCAGGCAAUAGAGAACCUCACCUCCUCCCGGCACCUGGAGGCCGUCAAGAUAGGCACACUGCUAGCUCACAGGGGACUCCAAAUACAUGAGAUUACAUCUGACGGAAACUGUUUAUAUGCAGCCAUAUCUCACCAGCUGAAGAAACAGCAGUUGAUGUGCACAGUGGAUAGUUUGCGAGGGCGGGUGGCCGAGUAUAUGCGAUCCAAUCCUGAGGAGUUCAUGCCUUUCCUUACCACUGAGUCGGGUGAACCAUUUUCUGAGGAGGAUUUUGAGAAGUACUGCCAUGAACUUGAGACGACCCCUGCUUGGGGAGGCCAGCUGGAGAUCCAAGCCCUUGCCCAGGUGUUGAAAGUCCCUAUAGAAGUCAUCCAGUCGGAGGGGCCAUCUCUAGUCAGUGGUGAACACUUCACUGGCAGUCCCAUAGUCCUUACGUAUUACCGCCACGCAUACGGUCUGGGUGAACACUACCACUCUGUGGAGGACAGAGUAGAAACAGAGGAGGAGUUCACGUGACAUCUUAUACAUCAUCACAUGAUAUUAUCAGAUGACAUCAGGGUAGAGGACAGACAGAGAAGGAUGGUUCACAAGACGGUUCAGCGGGUACAGCCUCUGGCCAUUCCUGGUCAGGGUCCUGUCUACAUAGAUGGUCUUAGAUUUUUGUCAACCCUGCUUGCAGAAAAAAUUGAUAUAGUCGUCACAAUGGGCGCGUGUAUGUGAGCGCGUGUGUCCAAGCUUGUCCAAACUGUUACAUUGUCAUUUAUUGUGCAAUUUUAGAAUAAUUUACCACAAAUAACCACCAUUAUUAGAUGACGUUUCGCAUGUAACAGAGCUCCAGAUAAGAGGCGUAGCUGCGUAUUUACGCAUUGAAAAAAAUAAAAAACGCAUUACAAAUCGGCCCAGUACGUAACAAAAUGCAAUACAAAUCUUGGUAUGUAUUUUAAAUCGAUUAAAGUGCGUAAGUGGUUUAACCAAUAAUCCAGUUGAGUUUUUAGUGUAAGUUAGCCUUUGAAUUCAAAGUUAAGUCAAUCAAAAUAAGCUUGAAAUAAAAAUGGCGGCCCAUCAUGCUUGUGGAUCAAAAAAGGGACGUUUUAAGCUACCAGCAGCUCCACAGCCUCCUGCAGGAAUAUUUUAAAAGAAAGUCUGUUCAUAUCGUCAUUUUAAAUGCAUUCUGUUUGCAUUUAAUAAUAUAAAUAACAAAUAAUAAUAUCUCUAGAUUAAACACGCCAUUUACUUUGUCAGUUUUCUAUGAAAAUGGAAAAUAUUCCUAAAUACCCUUUAUGGCUGAAACAAAGGAGUAAAAUACGCUUUAACAAUAAUAUCAGGGGGUGAAAUACCCUUUAGACUAAAUCCUUAUCUGGAGCUCUGAACACAAGUCUUCCUACCUCAAAGGUCAAGGUCACACUGAGAAGUCGAAGGUCAAAUUUUGUCAUGAAACAGCUGAUCUGGACUGAAACUAUCAUUAAUCAUGACAUUUUAAAAUAAUUUACAAAUUUCAGACAUGCAUGUGUAAAGUGCAGCUUGUUAAAUAAUUACGAGCAUUAUUGUCAAUUGGUUCGACAUGUUGCUAACAGGCAUCUAGAAUCAGCA